UCGAGGCCCAUUACAGUAAUUGAACCCCAAAGGCCCGAGCAAAUUGCCACAAACGGGUUAGAGUCGGGUCUCCAACUGGUUGAUGAUCAGCAACAAUGGAAGAAGACGACGGAAGGAGAGAAGCUGCGAUAGCAUCAGCACCAUCUCUACAGCCCAAUUUUACCUCCAAAAAGGGUCUCAACCCUGCUCAAAUUUCCAAGUUUCAAGAGUUGCACCGAAGACGCCUAAAAAUAAAAGCAAGAUCAAAGGUCAAGGAUAAAUCAAAAGAGAAGUUUUCAGGAACUCUUGCUGAGGUGGGAAAGUACCAUGGUAAAGAUGUCAAUGCCAAAUGCAAGGAGGCAAUGGGUGAAAAAUCAAUUAAAACAGCUGAAGAUCCAAGAAUUACAUUGUCCAUAAGCAGUUUGACGGACCUUUCAUCAUCACAAGAAGACAAUUUAGUAGGACAUUCACUGUCAAUAAAGCGGCAGAAGUUGCAUUGGGGGCUUGAUACCAAGGAGAGAUGGGAAAGGAAAUCCAAUAUGUAGAGCCAUCACCUUCUGGAGUUUGUAAUGCUGCUACCAUGCUAGAUUGCUCCAAAAUCCAUUGGAGGCAGCGUCUAUAAUCUACCGGUCAAAUAUAAUAGAUAUAUAUAUUGUAUGAAUUAAGAUGAUUUCUGACUACAUUAUCUCCAUUGUAAAAGCUUUGAAGUGUCAAGAUGUAUAUUGAUCUCUAGGUUUAUGAGGAAAUGGGAAUUAAGCCUCGACUUGGGUGUAGAUCAACCAAUUUCUGCUAAAUCGCUGUGAUUCUUAAGGGCUUGAACA